UGUUUUUUUUUUUCCUUCUCACAUAUCAAGGCCUAUCACUCUUCUCUCUUCUUGUUUUCCUCAGCUGAACUUUUGUCUAUUAAGUUGUGUUUCUCCCCAGAAACUUCUUAAAAAAAAAAAAAAAAACACUCACUAGGCAAAAUGGCUGAUGCAGCAAAAUAUACACCCAUUAAUGGGGGAAAAACACUCAUUACUGACCUGAAAACACACUUCUCUUUUUUGAAAACCAAAAGAACUGUCACUUGUGCAUAUGGUUUUAUGUUUGUUUUCAUUCUUGUUACCUUUUUCUUAGCUUUUAGUCCUUCCUCUAACUCUUCCUCUCCUUGGUUCACAAAUAUUUUCUCCUUAAGCAGCAGUAGUACUAGUAGUAAUACUGUAACUUAUUCUGAUGAAUCUUAUAGAUCUCAUUUUUCUUCAAUGUACUCGUAUUUUUUCCCUAAUUCAUCACAGCCAGUUCAAAAUUUUACUAACCCCACAUCCCAAAAUUCCACUUUUGAGCCUCCCAAUUUGGAAAAAAAAGAUUUGGGUAUUGGUAAAAAUGAGACUUUGAAGAAUGAUUCACAUGAUAAAGUUGAAAUCUUGAAAAACCCCACAGUAGUAGCACCAAUAUCUUCAUCUGGUUUGAAUCAAGAAUCAUCAAAUGUGAAAAAUCAGACCCAAAGUAAAGAUUUUGAUGAUAAAAAUGGAGUCUUGAAAAACCCCUUGAAGCCUAAUGUGAAUGUGACAACACCAAUAUCUUCAUCUGAGUUGAAUCAAGAAUCAUCAAGUGUAAAAAAUCAGCCAAAAAGUAAAGAUUUUGAUGAUAAAGUUGGCGUCUUUAAGGCAAAUCAAAGCAAAAAUCCAUCAGAAACUGUUAAUGAGACAGUAAAUACAGCACCAAAAUCUUCAUCUGGGGUUAAUCAAGAAUCAUCAAGUGUGAAACAUCAGCCCCAAAGUAAAGAUUUUGAUGAUAAAGUUGGAAACUUGAAGGCAAAUCAGAGCAAAAAUACAUCAGAAAAGUCACCUGCAAGUGAGAAUCAUAGCACAAAUUCAGCAACAAAGUCUGCUAGUGGCAGUAAAGAGAAAGAAAUUGAAGAUAAGGGCGUGAAGAGUAAUUUCACUUCUUCAUUUGUGAAAAAUUUAGAUGUGUCGGCAAAGAAGAAAGAUGAAGAUUUGGUUAAGUCUUUGUUGAGUUGUGAUUUCUUUGAUGGGAAUUGGGUGAAAGAUGAGUCUUAUCCUUUGUAUAAACCUGGUUCUUGUUCUCUGAUUGAUGAACAAUUUAACUGUUUUCUCAAUGGUAGACCUGAUAAUAAUCACAUGAAGAUGAAAUGGAAGCCAAAUGCUUGCACUCUUCCAAGAUUGAAUGGCACUCAUAUGCUUGAGUUAUUGAGAGGAAAGCGAUUAGUAUUCGUCGGUGAUUCUCUCAAUAGGAAUAUGUGGGAAUCACUUGUUUGCAUUCUCAGAAACUCUGUGAAAGAUAAGAAAAAAGUUUAUGAAGAAUCUGGGAGACACCAUUUCAGAUCAGAAGCUUCAUAUUCAUUUCUAUUUGAAGAGUAUAAUAGCAGAGUGGAAUUCUUUGUAUCUCCAUUCUUGGUUCAAGAAUGGGAAGUUGCAGAUAAAAAAGGAGCAAAGAAGGAAACUCUUCGACUUGAUUUAAUUGGACAGUCUGCUGAUAAAUAUAAAAAUGCAGAUAUCUUAGUCUUCAACACUGGCCACUGGUGGACUCACGAGAAAACUUCCUUAGGGAAGGACUAUUAUCAAGAAGGAAGUCAUGUGUACAGUGAAUUAGAUGUUCUCGAGGCAUUUCGAAAAGCUUUAACAACAUGGGGAAGAUGGGUUGAUUCCCAUGUAAAUCCAAAGAAAACAUUUGUUCUCUUCAGAGGUUAUUCUGCAUCUCAUUUUAGUGGUGGACAAUGGAAUUCAGGUGGAGCAUGUGACCAUGAAACAGAGCCAAUCAAGAACACUACAUAUCUUACUCCAUAUCCAUCCAAGAUGAAUGUAUUAGAAAGAGUCUUGAAAGGGAUGAAAACUCAAGUCUCUUAUCUCAAUGUCACAAGAAUGACAGAUUUUAGAAAAGAUGGGCACCCAUCAAUAUAUAGGAAACAACAUUUCACCAAUGAGGAAAAGAAAACACCAUUGUUGUUCCAAGAUUGUAGUCAUUGGUGCCUCCCUGGUGUACCUGAUGCUUGGAAUGAGUUGCUAUAUGCUAAAAUUUUAGUAGAUCAACACCAAAAACAACAAGAAGACAAAAAGUCAUAGAGGGUCGAGCUCAUUAUCCACCUGUCUUGCUCGGACUCUUAAAAAAUGUUGUCGUGAACGUGUUGGAUUUUCCAAAAGUAGUGCAUUUUUGGAAGAUCUGACUCGGGUGCAACAACAUUUUAGAGAGUUCAAGCGACAUAGUUAUCCACUGAGUUUCGAAUUGUGCAUCACGGAUCCUCCAGAAUUUCUCGAUUAUAGAAAAAAGGGGGAUAAAAAGUAUGUUUAUAGUGUAAACUAUAUAUGCGAGAAUAGAGAAAGUUUCCUUGGGAGAGAGAUUUAUACUUGGUAGUAAUGUUAAAGGGAUUUUUAUUUAUAAUUACGAACAGUUGUAAGUCCCUGUCAUUGCUUCCAAAUAUUUUUCUGAGUCUUGAGAGACUCGACAUUGUAAAUGAUAUUCUUAAUUAUUUACAUUAUUUAUUUUGAACUA